UCCGGUUUUUGACCCUAGACGCAGGGCGUGUCAUCGUAUGCGCAACUGUCACGUAUAAAUGCUGCGCGGGCGCUCAUCUCGUCACACUGACGAACAAACACUCGACAUGGCAGUCAAAAUCACAACCUUAUUCUGCAUGGUAGCAGCGGCCGCGGCCGUGGUCGUGGAGGUCGCCCCCGCGGCAGUCCAGGUCGCACCCGCCGCCAAGGUGGUCUACGAGGAGCCCGAGGCGCCCGCCCAGUACGAGUACGAGUACUCCAUCCAAGACCAGCUCUCCGGAGACUCUAAACAAGCCAAAGAGAACCGCAAUGGAGAUGCUGUUCACGGAUUCUACUCUCUCGUUCAGCCCGAUGGCGUGCAGCGCAUAGUGGAGUACACAGCUGAUAAGAUCCACGGGUUCAACGCUGUAGUCCGUUACGAGGGAGUACCCCAAAAAAUCGCGUACGCGGCUGCCCCCGCCCCGGUCGCCUACGCUCAGCCGGUUGCCAAAGUUGCCUACGCCCCUGCACCAGCCCCAGUGGCUUAUGCCCAACCUGUCGCCAAAGUAGCCUACGCUCCUGCACCAGCUCAAGUGACUUAUGCUCAACCUGUUGCCAAAGUAGCGUAUGCCCCGGCACCGGCACAAGUCGCUUACGCCCAACCUGUCGCUAAAGUGGCCUACGCCCCGGCGCCAGCGCCCGCUGUAACCUACUCGCAGCCCAUCGCGUAUGCGCAACCAGCUCCCGUGGCCUACGCUCAGCCCGUCGCCAAGAUCGCCUACGCCCAGCCCAUCGCUAAAGUCGCGUACGCACCUGCUCCCGUGGCAUACGCCCAAGCCCCGGCCGCUCAUCACGUGGCCUACGCGCCGGCCCCUCACGCCUACCCCGCCCACAUCAGCCAUGUCACCUACUCCUCGCCAACUGUCUCAUACCAACAUUAAGUAAUUGUUAAGUUAGUAUUUAUUGUAAUACAUCACUAUAGCCAAUUGAUCGAA